AUGGACGAAACAACUCCACUAAAGAGUGACGAGACUGGAAGUACGCUUCAGAGCACUGCUAGCAACCACGAUGACGAAGAAGAACAAAACAGAGAUGGUUUGCUACGGCGAAAAAGCAGUCGAAACCGACGGCAGCAGAGUGGCGGUCACCACCGCCGCGAUUCUUCCUUGUUGGAGGUGGCCAUGGAAUCCAUUUCGGAUAUCUCGGACGUAAUUGUAGAACGGAUUGAAGUGGUCCAGCAAGCAGUAGAAGAAGUGCAACAGGAACUUGUGGAAAUUUUGGAGGAACCCGUGGCGGUGCCGGUCAAACCGCGAGAAGAAGGAGAUCAUUCUCAAAAGCUGUCCGCCAUGGCAGUGGCUGUCCUUGUUUUCUACAAAGUGAGCGGAGGACCCUUUGGAUGUGAGCCUGCUGUCAAGGCAGCAGGGCCCUUCUAUGCCCUUUUGGGAUUCACACUGUUUCCUAUCUUAUGGUGUGUUCCCGAGGCACUCAUCACGGCCGAGUUGGGAUCUGCCUUUCCUGAACCAAGUGGAGCUGUUGCUUGGGUAGAAGAAGCAUUUGGUCCCACCACUUCCCUGCUCUGUGGAUAUUUUCAUUGGAUUUCAGGAGCAACCGACAAUGCCAUCUACCCUUCUCUCUUUCUGAAAUAUCUGGCUUCAUACUUUGCCGACUCUACCACCACCACCAUAACGACGACAAGUGAUGAUGUGACACGGUUUCUGGUCACCGUCGGCAUCACCCUGGUCUUGGCCGGCAUCAACUAUACCGGAUUGGAAUUGGUCGGCAACCUUUCCAUUGUGGUUUGCAUCAUCAGCAUGAGCCCUUUCGUGAUCAUGGUGUUCUUUUCCAUCCCCAAGCUCGACACGAAUCGAUGGUGGGUGCUGCCCGAUACGACUGUGGUUUACGGAGAAGACGACGACGGAGUUGGGUUGUUGCCAACACCGGUGCUCGCCGGAGUCUUUUGGAGACCCUUGCUCAAUAGCUUGUUUUGGAAUCUCAAUAGUUUUGAUGUCGGAGCAAGCUUUGCAGGAGAGAUUCGCGAUCCUCAAACAGUCUUUCCGCGAGCCAUGUUUGCGAGCAUCUUCUUGGUUGUUUUGGGCUACUUGAUCCCUCUCCUGGCUGCCUUGGGAGCAGUGGAUACCAAUCAAAGUGAUUGGGAAGCGGGAUACUUUACCAAUGUGGCAACAGAAAUCGCUGGACCCUGGUUGGGAGCUUGGACGGUAUUUGCGGCGGCCAUCAGCAACAUUGCCUUGUUUGAAGCUGAAAUGUCCGGCGAUGCAUAUCAAUUGAUGGGCAUGGCCGACCGAGGAUUGAUUCCCAAGCUGUUCACUCGUCGUUCCAAGUAUGGUACUCCCACCAACGGCAUUUUACUGGGAACCUUUGUCAUUGUGGCAGUGAGUGUCGCAGACUUUGAUCAGUUGGUAGAAAUGCUGAACUUUGCGUACAGCCUGAGUUUGAUUUUGGAAUUUGCAGCCUUUGUCAAGCUACGAAUCACCGAUGACGAUGUGGAACGACCCUAUCGAAUCCCUUUGAAUGCCUUUGGGUGCUUUCUCUUUGUGGUGCCACCCACAACGUUUUUGAUCUACCUGAUGCUGAUUGCAUCCAAACAAACUUAUGUGUACCUACUGCUACUGAUUAUCAUGGGAGUUGGCUUUUAUCUCAUGCAAAAGUUCUCCAAACAUUAUGGUUGGAUGGAGUACGUCGAAGCACCCAAGAGAGAGCGAAGAGUGACGGCAGGAUUGUCUACAAUACAUUCUCUGGGAAGCAGCUGUGACAGCCAAGCUUCGCCGGCUGCAGUGUAG